AUGGCAACACUAGUAACCGUGUCUGUGACUGCCAGCACAUGCGAACCACCAAAUCCGAAGGGCUAUUGCGUCACUAGGGGUAUACAUAAAAAAAAAGGUCAAGGUCCAGGUCAGCUCAAGCUAAUGUUGCCUGCAAACGUCGUCAAUGGCGCGGGAGGCCUAAGCAUGAACUGCGACAAAAUCAAGUCAGAUAGUAUGUGGUGCUGCCCAACCGAAGAUUUCCGCUGGGUUGAUGAAAAACAGACACUUACCGAUUCCGAUAUCGAGGGCAUCUGUCAACAGCUUACCCCAAAAACCGACGAGGCCGGCGAAGGAUCCGAUGGUCAAUAA